AGGUGCUCUACCGUAUCGGUGCUGCCGGCCGUCAGGUCAGUCUUAUGCUGGGCUGUGGGGUGGGGGAGCGUUGUCACCUGUGCACGAAACAACAGACUCAUACGUACAAAGUAACUUACCUAACCUUCCCAUUCCAUGCCCCCUCUCUUCUUCUACCUUCCUCUCGUCUCCCUCCUUCCUUUCCUCUCCUCUUCCAACCCAACCCUUCCAACCUCAAACCUUCCCCAUAUCCGACGAACUGAGUACUUGUCACAGCCCCGUCUUGGUCGUUGGAAGCCACUUUAACCCGCUCGAGCCUUCUCUAGUUACUACUAGUCGUAUCUAUCGUCAGGCUCACAUACAGACUACAUACACUCACCUGCCUGCCCCCGGAUUUUCUACUUUAGCUCCGAGCUCCAACCGAGCUUGCAGCUCAUCUGCUCCGAUCGCAACUGCUGCUUCGUUUCGACGCCACCGACCACCCAUCAUGCUGCCCGUCUUCCACAUCCGUGAGACCGUGGACGAGCUGGGCGAGAUCCAGCUUUCGUCGCCGCAAGAAUACGAUGAUCUCAUCGAAGAACAACCCGUCGCAACUUUGGGCUACGUCGAUGACGACGACGGCGAGGUUAUCACAGUCGGAUCGUCGAUAGAACUCUAUGAUCGCAUUGACGAACUGCAAUCCAUUCGACCAGUCGUGUUUAACCUUCUCACAUCGCUUCGCUCUUGGCCGCAAACACCCCAUACCGCGGAGGGCAUCCGUGUGUGGAAGGAAUUCGUCGAGCGCAAGGACAAGCGAAAGGGAAAGGGUAAGGAGCCCGUCCGGCCAGACGAAGAAGAAGAGGAGCCACAGGUGGAUGUCGUCGAUGGGGGCUACCUCACUGCGGAUGAGGGCGAGCAACCGAAACCGUUUUUGACGGUGUUUGAAGAGGAGCUACAAAAACUACUUGAUCAAUCGCAACCAAAAGAAAAGACGCUCGCUUCUACGCAAAAGCGGGAUCAAGCACCUUGCUCAUCCUCCGCCGGAGCCAGCUCCACCACCACCACCCCUGCCGAUAUCGUUGCUCAGGCUGUCGAGAGCAUGAACUGGGCCAGUCAGAGCAUCAACCGACUGCACACCGAGCUGCCACAACGUGCGCAGCCGGCCGUUGUUGGCCUGAGCCAGACCGUGUUCAGUGCCAUGGGUGCGCUUACCACGCAGCUUUCGCAGCUCGCUCAGGAUGCGUCGAUGAAGGCUCAAAAGGCGGCUAAUGUCACGCGAGAAGUCGACACCACUGAGAUCGAAUCCGUCUUGGAGAAGAUUAGAAAUUUGGCCGUCGGUAUUGGCCAUGUCGCUAGCCAAAGCGCGAGUGUGGUUGUCGGCGAGGUCGCUGUUGAGGCUAGGAAAGCUGCCGGCAAUGCGAGGAGGGAAGUGUUGAGAGAGGUCGGCAGGGCUAGAGAGGAGGUUGAGAGGAGUGCACACGAGGUUGUUCGUGGGUUUUCAGGACAGCGGGCAGAGCUUUCGACACCGGCUACCCCGACGGAGGCUGGUGAAUCCAAGGCGGAGACGCACCAACAGGCAACAUCAACAGAUGCGGAUGAGGAAGAUCGGGAACUAUAUCAUGCCUCCCCUCGGCCUAUGUCAACUCCGGCUGCUCGCUCCUCCACCUCUGCUUUACACUACCAAUCGUGCGCCGAUUGGCUCAAGGAUGUGAAGGAGAAGAAUGCUCGAAGGGAGUCGGACGCUGACCCCUUCCGUCCGAGAAGAGAAAACGACGAUGUUGCGUUUUGGCAGCAAAUGGACAAGAUCGCACGCUACGCCCAAGGUCCCAGCAAUCGAGCGCCUGCAACCACCGACGACGAUCAGAAAGAGGCGGACGAGAAAGCUGCGGACGAGAAAGAACGGGCUUCCGUCUCUUCGCAGUCUGACGAGGAUGCGGAUGCUCGUGGGGGUCGACGAAAUCGCUGUGGCUCGAGACAUCGCAGUCGCUUGGAGCGCUCUCGUGAUGAUUCCGGGAUCGAUCAUCGACGUCGACAUGGCUCACGGAGGCAUCAUGGCGCUUUCCACCCCCCGUUUUCCCAUAGGUCGCAACGUGCCUGCACGCGUGGACAUCCGCUGCCGCCGCCACCACCUCCACAUCACUCUGACUACGUGCAGCCUGGUCAAUCGCGUCUACCAAUCCCGCUUGGUCGACCUCUGCCACCAUCUCCUCCCUUGCCACCGGCCCCCCUACGUCCACCUGGCGAUUUCGAUUUCCGACCCUUCCCUUUCCCCGCGAUGUUCUCUAACUUUCCCUUCCAUCCUCCUCCUCCUCCUCCUCCCCCACCACCACCACCACCACCUCCUCCUCCCCACUGCCGCACUUCUUCCUUCCCUCCCCCGCCUCCCCCUCCAGCGCCACCAUCGCACCCCCAUAUGUCAUUCCGUCGCUUCGGCAGCGCCAGCGGCACCAUUUACCGCCCUCCGUAUUUCCCUUCGGAGGCACCGAGACCUCUUCGGACAGUCGACCUUUCAAGGUCCCUCUCUCCUGCCCAGCCGUUUCCCAGUCUCGUUGGACCGUCCUCAGACGACGAUGCCAGGGAGGAUCCAUUCGCGACGCCUCCAAGAAUCCCCUCACCACAAGAGGCUUCACCAGAAGCGGAAGUCCCCUCGCCAUUUCCUGCUCCAACACCAGCUACCUUCCCUUUCAACACGUUCACCCAAAUCUUCCCCCCUUCCGCACCGGCAAAUGCUCCCCCUCACAUGUUCCAAACCUAUUCGGACAUCAUUGGCAACCACAUUAUAUCCUCAUCUGAUGACAACAACCCGUUCUCGGAGGCCCGGGUCCGAGAAAAGUUGGCGGCGUUGGACGCCGAGGUUGCACAAUCCGACAAAGAGUUGGAGGAGCAAAUGAAGGAGCAGGACCGGGUGAUCGAGCAGCAGCGGAAGCAGCGGGAGAAGGCGGCGGAGGAGCUGGCGCGCCAGGUGCAGCAGCAACAACGCGAGAUGGAGGAGAGGCUCGAAGCCCAAGCACGUGCUAGAGAGGAGCAGGAACGACGCCUGGCAGAUGAGCAACGCGAGAAUGAGGAACGCAUCCAACAGGCCGAGUAUGCGCGGGAAGAGGAAAUGCGUGAGUAUGAAGCGCAGCUCGAACGCGAGGCCCGCCGGAGGGACGAGCGCCUGGAAUGGGAGGCUCGCGAGAGGUCACCGUGGAUCGGACAGGCGGAACAGCAGACCGAGGAGACGGCGGAGGCUGAUCCAAUCGAGGCCUGCGUGCAAUCACUGUUGGAGAUGGGAUACGGAGAGUCUAGGGACACGGACCAGUUGAGGGCGUUUGCUAACCUGGUCAUGGGAAGUCUUGAAGAUGCUAUCGAACUCAUCGAGGAGGAUCAAAAGGCGUGGGAGAUAUUCUAAUUCACCACCAACCUACCUACCUUGUGCUUAUCUUCAGUGAACCCUUUGCUUUUUUGAGUUUGAUAUGAUAUGAUGGUGCUUGGGAUUGUUUUUGGUUUUUGGUUUUUGGUUUGAUGUUACGGCCGUUGGUUUUUGCUUUGGAGGAAAAUCACUCUACUCGGACUUGGACUUGGACUUGAUAUUGUUAUCUGAAUUUUUGAUUGCUUGCAGCUUUGGUUGUCUCUCUCUGGUUAGUUGUACUCGAUUGCUUGCGGGAAACUAAUGUUGGUCUUUACGAUUGAGUGAGUGAGUGAGUGAGUGAGUGAGUGAGUGAGUGAGGGAGUGAGUGAGUGAGUGAUGUCAAAAGUGAAGAGAACAUUGAUUUGUUGUCGC